GCCUUCUUGAUCCCCAAGCAGCAGAGUGCCAGUUUAGAUGCCGCGGUGGCGCACUUCGCCCGCGUGGCCAUGCGCGGCAGGGCCAGCUGGCAGACAGAGCGUGGAGCGACCCGCACGUUGACGACAAAAGGAGUCCUCAGGCACUGGCGCGUCUGUGAGACGCACGUCGAGCUCGGGAUUCGUCGUCUGAACUGGUGCAAGGUUUGGUCUCGCCACCCGUCCUGCCACCUCCAGUUGCUCUCCGCCCUCUUCGGCUCCGUGCCCUGGGAGAUAGGUAUGGCCCCCAUGGUCGACGGCGUGCUCAUUUCAACGGUCCAGAGUGCGUUCGAGAAUAUCGAUUUCACGGCUAUUCGAUCGUGCACGUUCGGUUCGCGGCUUCUGACUUGGACUCUCCGUGCCGGCAUCUACGUGGCCGUCUCCCUGGCCCAGUUCUCCCUCGGCAGCGGCGCAGCCUCGUGGGCGCCCCGAGCGUCGCCCUUGGCAAUGUCCCAGGCGGCGGCGGCGCGUUGGAUGCAGGGGCCUUCGGCGACUGUGAAACGCGGAGCAGAUGGGGCCCGCGGCUCGGCGCCGAAGGAGAAGGGCGACCUCCAGGCUGCGCCGUUGAAGGCGAUCGCAAAGUUGUGCCUCGACGACGCGCGCGAGUUGGCCAAUCUCGCAGGCGCCGUCUACCAGACGUGGGAGGCGACCGAGGCGGCGGGCCUCGAGCACGACGAGUCUUCAAACGACCUCAGGGAGCGCCAGCAGGGGGGCGAGAGCGUCGACUUCAGAGCAAGGGGGCCGCCGCGCGCGCCGGUGUGGGGAGCGCUCGCCAUGAGCCGAGCGAAUCAGAUGGACUCAUUCCUCGACGGCAGCGAGACCUACAAGGAGAGCGAGAAGAAGGAAUUCCACGAGUACUUCCAGAAACGCCUGGCCCAGAAGCAGCCGACGGACGCGGCCAAGCAUGCGCUCCACUUCCGCUGGAAAAAGUCCAAGCCGAAGAAGAACCAGGUCGGGGCCACGAUGGCGGCGGAGGAGAAGAAGGGCAGGCCCACCUUCGCUUUUUCGUACGACGAGCCAGGCAGGGAGGCGAGGUCGCUGUUGAUGCAGUUUCUGAACUCGGACAAGGCCACGGCGACGCAGCUCGCGGGGCCUGCCCCGAGGGGGCCUCUCGAGCGCGAGGCGGCGAGGCCUCUCGCGAUCUUUGAGAAGGGCGGCAAGGACAAGGAUCAGGAUCAGGAGAGCUGA